GGAAGAGGCCUGGACGGGCGGAGGUGGAGUCGGGGUCUCUGUGUGGAACCCCGGCAGCUGGGGCCAUGAGGCCAUGGGAGGUAGUGCUGGCCUUGUGGGUAGUGCUGGGGCCUGCGGCAGGGCAGCAACCCCUCCUGCCGGCCAUCACAGAUAACGCCUUCAUCGAGGAGUGCGUGCGCGUCCACAAUGAUUUUCGCUCCAAAGUCAAGCCGGAGGCCAGCAACAUGCAGUACAUGACUUGGGAUGCAGCUUUAGCAAUGACUGCAAGGGCAUGGGCAAGAAAAUGUGUUUUUGAACAUAAUAUAUACUUAACAGAGAGGUAUCAGUGCCAUCCUAAUUUCACAUCUAUUGGAGAGAAUAUUUGGAUUGGAAGUGUUCAAGCAUUUCAUGUUACCGGUGCCAUUAAAUCAUGGUAUGAUGAGGUCGCGUUCUAUGCCUUUAAUUUGGAUGCAUGUUCUAAGAUCUGUGGUCAUUACCGUCAGGUCGUUUGGGACUAUUCAUAUAAAAUAGGCUGUGCUGUUGCUCCUUGUAAAAAUGUUGGAGGAAUACAAAAUGCAGCAAAUUUUGUUUGCAACUAUGCACCAAGUGGUAAUUUGCCAAGAAGACCAUAUAAAGAAGGAAGGUCAUGCAGUAAUUGUGCAAAUGGGGACACCUGUGAAAAUAAAUUGUGUAGAAAUGCAGAACGUGAUAAACUUACCUAUUAUCCAGGAUGGCAACCCCCUUGGGAGUCCCACAACACGUGCAGCGAGGCUUGUGUCAGUCUUGUGGUUUUGAGAAUACUACUGUUAGUUAUUGCUUUUGCCUCUGCUUAUUUUAUGAGAACCUACUUUACAGACAUGACUAUAAACACCUAAUUGGAUUUGAAACACACAGUUCUUCUGAAGAUACUUGCUAAUGAAAUAAGCAAAAAGUCAUACUGAUGUGACGUUAAUGACAACUUGCUUUGACAGUAAUUUUGUUCCUAUUGUUUUAUGCUCUUUAGAGAAAGCCAACAUGCCAAAAAAAAAAAAAAAGUGAAAUUAUAUGUGGGUAAAACCCAUACUGGGAAAAUAUUAAGCUAAAGAUGGUAUCUGGUAAGGUUUGGAGCAUUAUUUUUAAAUACAGGAUUUCCCAAAACUGUGACAUACUCUGUUCCUGCAAUUCAAGGACAAACUAUGUGUCAGUUAAACAGCUCUUACAAUUCAUACUAAGUCAGUCUUUGGAAUCACAAUUGCUUAAUUUUUAUGCUGAGAGAAAGCUAGCAUCAUACUAUGUAGUCAGGCCUGUUUUCUAGAGUGAUAGAAUGUUCUGAAUAAAAUAUAUAAAUAAGAUUUUAUAGAAGGAUAGUUCUUUAGAAGUCUUGUUUGUGAAGUUAGCACAAGCAGAUACUUGUAAUGCAUUUAUUGUUCCUUAUUCAAAGUGUGACACUUCAGAUUUAUUAUUAUUUUGUUCCUAACUCCCUCUAAACCUUGUGAUUAAUUUUAAUGUGUACUGUUACUUAUGCAUAGCAUAUUUCCAGUUUUGUAAGUGUUCUGGAGUCUUAAUAAUAAAUUAUCUUGAAACUUGCUCAAGUCCAUUUAAUCAUCAGAUUUUACUCUUCUUUACUCUUCCAAGACAUGAAAUCUGUCAUUAAUAUGCUUUCAUUUCACUUGUUCCAACAGAAGACAGAUGGAAUUUAUACAAGAAUCUGACACUUGUGUUUCUUACCAGUAUAGCAAACUAGAUUUUGUCCUGCUUGUAUCUUAGUCUUACCUAGUAAAUGCCAAUAUGACUGCAUGAAAGUUCAUUAUUAUUAUUAGGUAAUGUUUCACCAUUAUUGUAAAACGAGCAAAUAAAAAAACCUUACAAAGUCGAA